AUGUCCAAUAUUGUCGAGGUUAAGGGUCUAGUUAUGUCCAAGCGCAUCGUUUGUAUGGUUUAUCUUUUGAUGUUGGUUUGCCAACUGGCUUUUGCUCAGAAGAUGGGUUUUGAGACCGAGUCCAAUUCUGCUCGUUUUCAAGGAGGUGUUUCAAAUCGACAAUUGACAGAAGUUGCAUUCAAAGGAAAAAAGGGAGAAGUAAGAUUGAGAAAGGGUGACUUGGUGGAUCAGGCCCCUGGAUAUAAACAUGGCCAAGUUCCACUCGUCCAUCCAACAUUUGAAAUUAUUGAUAAAAGCACUCAUCCUGUGGAAUUUGUGAGUGAUCCGAUUCCGUUUGAAAGAGGUCUCAACGAUAUUUGUCGACUCACUAAAGAUUUACAGCAAAUGCUUGACCUUGUUCGACAACGAGGAACUGAAAACAACAUUUUAGACAAUUAUUUCAGACAACGCGGUUUGGAUUUAGAAAAUACAAACAAUGGAGCAUUGGAUCAGGCCUUACAAAUUACCUUUUCUUUCCCAAUUAACAAGGGAAUGUUAUCAUUGAGAGCCCUAUCUCGUUUCUUGGCAGCAAGACAAGCAGAGCCAGCUCCACAAAAUCAACCCCCAUGGUUCAAAGCUGUUGAUUAUCCAUUGUUUAGUCAUAUCAUCACAUUCAUUGAUACUGAUCCAGAAUUGCGUAACUAUCCUGACAAUGUCAAGUUCUUCCUCUUUUUCGUACUUCAAUAUUUCUCAUUGGGUUCCCAAGCGAAUUGUAAUGCUGGACCUUAUGCUAAACUCGUUUCAGGAAUGGUUCUUCUUCGUACGAAUAUGUACGAAUUUGUGAAUCAUGGUGGGCAAUCAUCUGUGCGUAACUUGUUGAAAAAUCCACUCGAAAGUGUUGUGGAAGCGUAUGAGCGUUUUAGAGCUUACUUUAAUCCUAUUAGAGGUCAUACACCUCAACUCGGAGAAUGUGUUUCUCAUCCAAAAUGCAUUGGCCAAUGUUUGGGACAAUCUAAAACGUAUUACUUUGCCAAAACCCACGAAUUGAACUCAAAAUUUCCAUUUUCAGCCAAUGAAUUCAUCCAAAACUUGUUUAGAAAUAAUGGAAGAGAUUUAUUCUCUACUAAUGGAGAAGAUUUCGAUAAUGCAUUUGGAAGAUUUGGUGUCAAUGUGGGCGGUCAAGCGACUGUCAUUUAUGAAAUUCGAUUUUUGAAUGGUUUCUCUUAUAGUGAUUCUCAGCAGUCUGUUUCUGCUUUGCAAAGCAGAAUUCCAUCAUAUUUCAAUUUAGGAAAUGAAAUUAUGAAUCAGAAUGAUUUACAAAAAAUCGAUGUUGGAGUAAAGAUUUGCAACAAUCAACAACAAUUGGUUGCAUUGCAAGCUCCUCAACAACCACCAGCCCAACAACAACAUGCACCAGCUCCUCUUCAACAACAACAACAAAUUCACAUCAUGAGAGAAGAUAGAAGAAACGUUAAUGAGGCGAUCAGAGAUCAAAGACAACAAAGAAGAAGUUCUAUUUCAAACUUGGCAGGAGCUCCAAAUCCAGCGUCAGGUAAACACAAGAAAGUCGGGGCAACUGUUCUUUCCAAUGAGGAGCCCAAUCACAUUAGUAUUUUGAGAGAAAAAAGAAGAAGAGUUCGAGUCCAAAAAAGAUUCGAUCGAGAGUUGAGAAGAACAAAAGAAGCUCAAAAAAAUCCUUCUCAAAAACCUACUAAGGCACAAAUAAGAAGAGAAGCAUUGAGAUUAGCAAGAGAAAAGAAGAGAUUGGCAAGGGAGGAAGAACGAGAUGUUGAAGCUGGUGUGAAACCUGUUACUGAUCAAGAUUUGAAGCAAAUCAUUCAAAAACAGAAAGAAAAGAAGAAGGAACAUUUUCAACAGACCGUGAUACCUGCUGGAGGAAUUAGUCACCAAGUGGUAAAGAAUGGAAAUGAUGUUCAAGUUAACAUCAAGUUGAGAUUGUAUGAAUGA